UGAUGACUGGGCUAACGUCUCGCGAGAUUAUAACGUGAACUGGGCUGGUGUGUUUUCGCCUGGCACGCGGGUCAGAAGAUUCUGGAAGAAAGGCUUUCUGUGAGGCUGCCGCUUGUUGUCUUCAUUUAAGAUCAUCUGAAAGAGGCAACGAUGGUGAAAGAAACAGGCUUUUAUGACACACUUGGUGUGAAACCCAAUGCAACUCCAGAUGAACUUAAAAAAGCCUAUCGCAAAUUAGCCUUGAAGUAUCACCCUGACAAAAACCCUACUGAAGGGGAAAAGUUCAAACAGAUCUCGCAGGCAUACGAGGUUCUGUCUGAUGCCAAGAAGAGAGAGGUGUAUGACCGUGGAGGUGAAAAGGCUAUAAAAGAAGGAGGAACAGGCGGCGGCAGUGGUGGCGGUGGUUUCACAUCACCCAUGGAUAUCUUUGACCUAUUUUUUGGUGGAGGUAGUCGAAUGCACAGAGAACGAAAAGGAAAGAAUAUAGUUCAUCAAAUCACUGUGACCUUGGAAGAUCUUUACAACGGAGCAACAAGAAAACUUUCUGUACAGAAGAACUGCAUCUGUGAGAGAUGUGAAGGUCGUGGAAGUCGUAAAGGAGCUGCACAGAUGUGCAUGUCCUGCCAUGGCACGGGUGUGCAGGUACGCAUGCAUCAGUUGCUCCCAGGUAUGGUGCAGCAGGUUUCCACUGUGUGCCACAACUGUCAGGGACAAGGACAGAGAGUCAGCCAGAAGGACCGCUGCAAAACAUGCGCAGGACGCAAGAUCAUGCGACAGAAAAAGAUUCUGGAGGUUCACGUUGACAAAGGAAUGAAAGAUGGGCAGAAAAUAGUUUUUCAUGGUGAAGGGGACCAGGAGCCAGGGCUGGAACCAGGUGAUAUCAUAAUCGUCCUCGACCAGCAAGAACAUGCACUUUUCACCAGGAGAGGAGAAGACCUGCUCAUGUCGAUGGAGUUACAGCUGGUUGAGGCUUUGUGUGGUUUUAAGAGGCCGGUUCAAACACUGGACAGCAGGACUCUCCUCGUUACGUCUCAUCCAGGGGAACUAAUCAGGCCUGGAGACACCAAGUGUGUCCUCAGCGAGGGGAUGCCUAUGUAUCGCAGACCUUUUGAGAAGGGACGUCUUAUUAUUCACUUUUCGGUGGUGUUCCCACCAGCCAAUUUCCUCCCCAAGCACAAGCUGAAGGAGCUCGAGCGUUACCUCCCCGGAAAGAUAGACACAGAGCAGACGGACAGCAUGGACGAGGACCUCUACAUCUACGCUGACCUGGAGGACUGUGACUUGGAGAGCAGAAGAAGACACAGACAUCAGUACUACUACAUGGACGAGGACGACUACGCCAGCACCGGGGGCGUUCAGUGCCACACGUCUUAAACCCCAGCUUGAGACUCUGCCUUUUCCAAAAUCCCCCAUUUCUGAUGCAAUGCACCUUGUUGAAAGUUUGUGCACCUUUUCAUCCGGUAACUCUGUCUUAGUUUGAAAUUCCCCUCUAGCUCAGUCUUAAGAGUCCUGGCUCACUCUUCUUUUUUUUUCACCUAAUUGGUUUUGGACUCGAUGUUGGACUGCUCAUUCCUUAUGGGUCCAUAUUUCAAUUCUUUCUUCUUUUUUUUUCUGUAGCACUGUGGUUAAACAUGAGGGCUGGUAUCACAGUGUCUUUAAAAGAAAAGAAAAACUCUACUUGCAUUUACACUAAAACCGAUGCCAACAUUCAUUUAAAUUUUUUUAUUUUUUUUUAUUGUGGUGUUGCUUAAUCUGUGGUCGUGAACAGCUCGUUAAUGACUCUGUUAAUUGUUUUUGAGGACCCAAAGUUCAGAUGGAGGACAAGGCAGAUUUAUGUUGAUACUUGAUACUUUUUUUUUUUUUUGCUGGUUUACCCUUUAAAGGGCUAUUUUAAAACAUUUCUAAACAAUCUUAAAAAUAUGACUGGAAGAUGUGAGUUUGAAGAAAGGGAGCAGUACUGUUUUAGGUUCAAGCCACUAAAUUGUAGAUAUUUCAAACUAAUAUUUAACUUUAGUAUUUUACCUCUUCUGGGUUCAAUUACUGUCUUGGGUUGGAUAUCGGACUGUUUUCUAUGUGAAAUUAUUUUACGAAAGAAAACAAUUUGCAGAUGUUUAAAACCUUCCAGUUCCUUGAAAGCAACUGUUUUCUGGACAAUUUGAAGAUAAAUUGGUAAUGGUAAUUUAUGUUCAUGCUGGUAAUAUUUGUUAAAACAGUUCUUAAAAAAAAAACAAACAAAAAAAACAUGGGUAUAAAGUGCCUGUUGUACCUACAUUGUCAAAGAAAGAUUAACCAGUACCAGAAUCCUCUCUGUAAUUGCAUGGUCUUGAAAUCAGAAGAAAAUAUUGCAUUCACAUGUGGAACUGAGAUGAAAAGUCAAAGUAGAACGUUGCAUAUUUUGAUGUUUUGAUGUUGGUACCGAAGUUGAUAAUUGUGUCUUAUUCUUGUGCAACCUGGUCAGAUCUAGGGAGGGAUUUAAGAUGGGGGAGUUUGAAGUGUGUGUGUCUGUUUCAACGCCUUAUCAUAACUCAACUUGAAGUAACUUGAUUAUGCAGUUAGUUUAAGUGAUGAUCUUUUCCCUGAAUAUUGUAUGACCGUUCUGUUCGGGCACCUUCAAGAGAUCUGCUUCUGACAGCAGGUCUGUUUCUGAAAGUCUGAGAAGGUAAAACUGAGAUAAGUUAACUCGAGUUUUAAUUUUAACUUAAUCGAUGUUUGGACCAAGAAUGUUUGUGAUCAUGUUUUGUUAAUAAAUAUCAUUUUGGGGUCUGA